UUAAAAAUAUAAAAUUAAAACAGUUUUAGAAGAAUAUCCAUGAUCAACCAACCUAACCUUAACUACCACUAAUUUUCCCCAUUUUUCAAAUCCAAAUCUUCCUCAACUCCACCUUUGACUUUAACUCAUUCUUUUUUCCAAAUGGGUCUCUGCACUUCAAAACCACUCUCUUCUCCCAAUUCUGAAACUAACAUUCCAAUUCAGUUACAACAAACCACUUCUACUAAUCCCAAUUCUAAUUCUCAUUCAAAUUUAGAAAUUGAAAACCCUAAGAAAUCACCGUUUUUCCCCUUUUACUCUCCGAGUCCAGCUCAUCAUUUAUUUUCCGGCAAGUUUCCGAAAACUCCGGCGACUCCGGGGAGGAGAUUCUUCAGACCAGCUUCUCCGGCGAAGCACAUUAGGUCGCUGCUAGCUCGGCGUCAUGGCUCGGUUAAGCCGAAUGGCUCUAGCAUAUCGAAAGGGAGUGAGGGUGAAGGUGAAGGUGUUGCUCUUGAUAAGAAUUUCGGAUUCUUGAAGAAAUUUGGGAGUAAGUAUGAGCUUGGUGAAGAGGUUGGUAGAGGGCACUUUGGUUAUACUUGUUCUGCUGUUGUGAAGGUUAAUGGUAAAGGUGAUGUUAAGGGUCAUCGUGUUGCUGUUAAGGUUAUUCAAAAAGUUAAGAUGACUACUGCUAUUGCUAUUGAGGAUGUGAGAAGGGAAGUGAAAAUUUUGAGAGCUUUGAAUGGACAUAAGAAUUUGAUUAAAUUUUAUGAUGCUUAUGAAGAUCAUGAUAAUGUCUAUAUAGUUAUGGAGUUGUGUGAAGGAGGCGAGCUUUUGGAUAGAAUACUGGCGAGAGGAGGUAAAUAUUCUGAGGAAGAUGCAAAAGCUGUCAUGACACAAAUACUGAAUAUUGUUGCAUUUUGCCAUCUACAGGGUGUUGUUCAUCGUGAUCUUAAACCCGAGAACUUCUUGUUUUCAACCAAAGAUGAGAACUCAGAGCUGAAGGCAAUAGACUUUGGUUUGUCGGAUUUUGUCAAACCGGAUGAACGACUUAACGAUAUCGUUGGUAGCGCAUACUAUGUUGCUCCCGAGGUUCUGCAUAGAGCUUACAGUACAGAAGCUGACGUCUGGAGUAUUGGCGUGAUUGCUUAUAUUUUAUUAUGUGGAAGUCGUCCAUUUUGGGCACGGACUGAAUCUGGGAUAUUCCGUUCUGUAUUGAAAGCUGAUCCAAGUUUUGAUGAACCUCCCUGGCCUUCUUUGUCCGAUGAUGCAAAAGAUUUUGUUAAGCGAUUGUUAAAUAAAGAUCCAAGGAAGAGAAUGACUGCAGCGCAGGCAUUAGGUCACCCAUGGAUUAAAAGUUAUAAGGAUGUAAAAGUACCCCUGGAUAUUUUAGUGUUCAAGCUCAUGAAGUCAUACAUGCGUUCCUCGUCUCUACGAAAGGCAGCUUUAAGGGCUUUGUCUAAGACGUUAGCUGCCGAUGAACUGAACUAUUUGAAGGAGCAGUUUUCACUUUUAGAACCAAACAAAAAUGGCACAAUUAGCUUGGAAAAUAUCAAAGCGGCCUUAAUGAAGAAUGCGACGGAUGCUAUGAAGGAGUCCCGCAUUCCUGAUCUUCUGGCAUCUGUAACAUUUAAUGCCUUGCAAUAUAGAAGGAUGGAUUUUGAUGAGUUCUGUGCAGCUGCACUUAGUGUUCAUCAACUUGAAGCACUUGACCGGUGGGACCAACAUGCCCGCUGCGCCUAUGAAAUUUUUGAAAAGAAUGGAAACAGAGCUAUAAUGAUUGAGGAACUAGCUUCGGAGCUUGGCCUUGGUCCAACUGUACCUGUUCAUGCUGUUCUUCAUGACUGGAUUAGGCACACAGAUGGAAAGUUAAGCUUCCUUGGGUUCGUUAAGCUGCUGCACGGUCCAUCUCGAAGUCUUGUAAAACCUCAGUAAAAAGUUCGGAAAACCAGAGUACUUAACAUGCUCAGUUAUACUAUGAUUAUGACUAUCAAGCCAAUGAAAUGCUGGUCCACACAUUACAUCCUAUAGCAUCAAAGGGUCUUUACCUUUGCUGGAUUUAUACUCGGCACAAAUUGUACGAGGUUCUUCUGUUUCCUGUUUUAUAUGUUUGGAGCUCUUCUACAAUUGGUACAAGAGUUAAACCUGUUCCUCCAGUUUUUUUUUUUUUUUUAAAUUAAUAUUUUCCAGUGUAAAGGUGUUGUGUGUUAAGGUGCAGGUGAUAUAAUAUUAUGUGAUUGUUAUUAGAUGGUUAAUAACUUAAUAUUCUAACAUGUUCUGAGAAGUAUCA